AUGAGACCAAAUUACAUGCAGCCUUUGCAAGGGCAAACAGAAAAAAAGAAAGGUGGUUCCAUAUUCAUAUUUAUCGUGUUCUUCAUACUAGCCUUCAUAUACAUAGGAUACACGGGAAUCGUCCUUCGGUCUUGGUUCAUCCCGUACAGGAGUGGUUCCUUCACAAUAGCCGCCUUGUUCCACGUCUUUUUUUUUUUGUUUUUGCUAAGUUUUAUAAAAGUAAAAUUCUACAAGAGGGAGAGAUGCGCCUCGACUGACCCCGGGAAGGUUCCUCGCAACUGGGGCUUCUACAUUGGUGACGACGUGAAGAGAAGGCGCUACUGCAAAAUCUGUAACGUGUGGAAACCCGACCGAACACACCACUGCUCAGCGUGUAACAGAUGUGUAUUGAACAUGGAUCACCACUGUCCAUGGAUUAACAACUGUGUGGGUUUUUUCAAUCGAAGAUUUUUUAUACAGCUUUUAUUUUAUGGCUUAAUUUGUCUCUUCAUAGUGGCAGUCCAGACAUUCCACUACAUUUUCAUUGACAAUGCAAACGCAUAUAUAGAGGAUGGUUUCCACGACAAGUCUUCCUUUGUGGCUCUGGAGUACACGUAUGCUUCUAUUGUUUUAUUUUUAACGUUCGUUUUAAUUUUCGCUUUAGUUCCCUUCACGAAGUUUCACUUGAAAUUGAUCUCCAAAAAUUCCACCACAAUCGAAAACAUGGACAUAUACAACCAGGACUACAACAUGUACAACGUGGGAUGCGAGGACAACGCGAAGCAGGUGUUCGGAAACAACAUAUUGUGCUGGAUGUGUCCAUGCCACUGCAUUGCAAAUCGCCCCGCAGGGGACGGGGUGCGCUGGAGAGUCAGCGUGGCACAUGAGAAUAUGAUCUGA